CGCUGCUUGUGAGGAGCCCGGUGGUGAACCAGCGUGUGAGGGGCCUGUAAAUCACAGCGAGGAGAAAGGAGGAAGGCUGGUUUUUAAUAACACACCUGCCUUGUAGAAAUGUCUUUUUGUUGUUGCUCUUGGGUGUUUUGUUUGCCACGCCAGAGUUAUUCAGGGACUGUGCGGGCGCAGCCCUGUGCCACGUGCUCUAGGAUGACCCAAGGCUGGACCACAAGAAGCACGGUGGUCCCUUCAGAUCUGACCCAUUCUGUGAUUCCAUGACUCUCUAAUCUCCUGCGUGGCAGGAGGGCUGCUGGUAGGCUUUUUUGAAGCUUUACGUUUGUGUUAACCGUCUGAGUCACAUUAGUUAGGGUCUCUCUGAAGCAUACGUCGUUUUGGCUCCUGUGCUGAACAGUGCCGUCCUGACUGACUUCGAGGAGGCAGUGGAGAGCCCGUAGUUCAAAUCUGAGGAUUAUGGAUACUUUGGGAACAGCAAAGGCCUGUAUGCUCAUCACAAAUGGCCGAGAUGGGGUAGAAUCGAUCCAGUGAACCUCACUGGUCAUCUUUCUGUCCUGAAGCCUUUCGGGUGGGAUUAUGCAUACCAGACCAAAAUAACCAGAGUAGAAAGGCCGGGUAAAGGACUUGGGGCUUGUAAUGUGUGUGUCAUCAGCCAUUAACAUAAAGGUGAGUGUCACAGAAUCGUUAGGGUUGGAAGGGACCUUCUGAAAAUCAUCCAGUCCAACCCCCCUGCCAAGGCAGGGUCACUUGUAGCAGGUUACACAGGAACGUGUCCCGGUAAGUUUUGAAUGCCUCUGGAGAGGGAGAACCCAUGACUUCACUGGGCAGCCUGUUCCAGUGUUCUGCCACCCUCAAUGUAAAGAAGUUCUUCCUGAUGUUGAGGGGGAACUUCUUGGGCUUCAGUUUGUGGCCAUUACUCCUCCUCCUGUUGCUGGGCACCACUGAAAGGAGUCUGGCACCAUCCUCUUGGUACCCACCUUUGAGAAUGUUGAUGAGAUUCCCUCUCAUCCUACUAUGUCAUAUAAUUGGGAGUUCAGUUUACAGUAGUUUUCUUGUCUGUUUCAUUGGUUAGGCUUUCAUUAGAGACACAGACAUUUCUAGACACUCUAACCCAAAUAUAACCAUCAAAGGGAGUCCAGAGGAGUGGGUGCUGACUGUCCAGGCUUCCCUUCGAUGAGCCUAGCAGAGAGUUGAAAUCUUUUUCGGUGGUUGUUGUUUGAGAUAUGGUGGUAGACAAAGGGAAUUUGAGAUGGUAGGGCCUACCUUACAAAAAGGUGCUGAAAAGGUUGAGCCUUUCAGGGGUCUCUUGGUCACAGAAUGAAAAGAGACUGAUUUUAGCUGCUGCGGAAAUUCUUGAUAAGUGUUUAUGGACUUGUAGUUGCUUUAGGUUUUGGGGGCGGGGGGUUAGAAGUUGUUAUGAUGCAAUACACUAGUUUUGAAAGGAUUGUAGAACUACUCUUUUUUGGUGUGUUACAGGUGAAAAGCUCUCAGUGCAAAAAUACUGCUAAAAGAUAAACUUCUUUCCACUUGCAGUGAUGAGAAAGGGAGGAAGAAAACAAAAUCCCUUUAAACCAGAGGAAGAGGGCUGUGUUUCAGGUGUCAGAAUGCAUGACAACUAAGACAUUGAUUUCAUAAUUUAAACUUUUAUUCUGUUCAGUAUUACCUUCUGAGCUGUUAUGAUUGUAAAGAAAACUUUCCAAAUGAGUCUUAAUAUGACAUGAUGCAUGGCUAGUUCUGAAAGGCCUCAUCUAGGCAGAGUCAUGCUUGUUUAACUGAAGUCAUGAUGCUAAAUGAAUGCAAUUUUCUAUAUGGACACUUAUCAGAUUAGCUUGCACUUACAGAUUGCAGGUGUAAUUGAUAUGAUCUGGUUUAAACCGGCAUAAAUGCAUCUCCAUAAUGUGGCAUCUCACGCAUCUCACCUCUUUCCUACAGCUCUCUAGUCUUUCAGCAGGCAGCCCUACAGACAGUGCUGAGCUGCACAGAACUCUCUUGAGGAAACUCGUCAGGAAAAUGAAACUGAGGAGACUGGUCCAUUUUGUAGCAAAAUAAUGAAAAUGAAAAGAACUUAAGAGAGUGACAAGGAUGAUCAAAGGUGUGGAAAACUUAUAUGCAAGAUUCUGCCAAGUGUUCCAGGUCCUUUUAAGCUUGAAAACAUGACUGCAAGGGAACCCAAUAUAGGUCUAUAUCCUCUGCAUGCUAUCUGUAGCUUUAAACAAAGAAUGAACCUUCACUGUCAAUAAAAAAAUUAGGGCUAUCAAAUGAAACAAGCAGCUGGCGAGCUCAGAACAAACAAAAGGGGUUGGUUCUUCCUGUAACCUGUGGCUGUGCUGUGAAACUCCCUGCCAGAGGAUGUUGUAACCCUUAAAAAUAUACUUGUGGAUCAGACAACAACUGGAAAAAAAUCAUGGAAGCAGAAAAGUGCAUUAAAUGCAAAGAGAACACCCUACACUCAGGCAGUGUCUAAGCUGCAAAAUGUCAUGUGUGUUUGGAGAAAGUAUUGUCACUUUGUGUAUUGCUGCUUCUGACAGGGCAGUUCCUGAUGACUGUCUGUGCAAGAGCAUAAAGAACAGGGAAAAGCCAACAUAGUUUUUACUCAGUAAAGCUGUUCUUACAGGGUUUUUCAAAAAGCACUGCUCUGAGCUGAGGCAGGAUGUUUAUGGGAUGCUUAUGGGAUAGUCUCUGCAAGGCUGAAGGAAGAGGUACAGGUAGGAUCCAGCCUUUUCUCCUUUAGCAAUGCAGAGGAUUGUUCUGCAGAAUUUAUCCUGCUGGAGGAUCAUCCUCUGCUGUGUAGUAGCUUAUCUGGUAAAUAUUUCCAAGCACACUGUGGGCAGAGCAUCUGUGAAAUUAUUUGCCAGCAUGCAAAAUGAUUCCAGGAGUGUGGAGAAAAUGGAAGUGUGCACAUGAUCUACAAGUUAGCACUUGAAUUUAAACAAAACUUCUUUCUGCUGGACUGAUAUUAAUAAUCCAGCCAAAUUUGUGGAUGAAGGAACCAUUAAUUCUUCUGUGAAAAGAAUGGCUCAAGUAUGCUGGCAGGUGAUAAGGCAUGUAAAGACUGCUCAGUGAAGGGUUUCUUCAUUUGCCCCUACCUCUUCAGUUGGCUUUGAUCUGUUUUAUGAGGGUCACAAGAUGAAAACCUCAUUACCUAAUGCUGUUGGAUGUCGACGUAUGUGUGAUAUGGCUCUUUGCCAGUAUCUUAAUUAGGGAAUUCAUAAAAGCAGAGGGUGGAUGCCAGUUCUUGAAAAGCGCUUUUAGCCUUUCUGCUGGAAAGAAAGAUUUUAUUAAUUCAUUACAAAAUGUAUUAAAUGGGAUCCAGCUCAACUCUGUAAGCAAAGCUGCUUCUUUUUCUAUUCUCUCUUUGCCUCUGCCUUUAUGUGAGCUAUUUUGGGCUCACUGCCCAAGAUGGUCCCCACAAAUGAUAUUUGUAAUCAGCACAUAAAUCAGUUUGAAUUGAAAUCCAUUCCGUGUCUCCCUGGCUGAAAAAGGUUUCCAGAUUGUGAGCGAGUAUUGCCAGAAUUCAACAAAAAUAGCCCAAUGCCUUGUCAUACCUGUGGAGCAAAGGAGGCAUCUGGUCUUAGAUCUCUGCGUGCAUCCAAAGCUGCUGGGACCUGACUUUGUGGAGUGUCUCAUGAUGAGCUUCAGAAGGGCAGCUCUGCGUGCCCUGCGCUGCUGCCCGGGUGUGAAGCACCCAUUUCACUCACCCCUUUUAACUGGCACUACUUAAAGGUGUUGCUGUGGGUGAAGUCCUGUGUCCCUGCUACCGCCUGUGAGCCAUGAUGAGUUGCCAUGUGAGCUUUCUAAGUGCUGCAUUUCAGCUCUGUCCCACAGGACUCCCUUCAUGGAAAGGAGAGCUACAAGGAGAAAGGCUUCAUCUUUGCAAUUUAAGAGUCACUGUGCUGAGCUUGCCACUAAAAUUAUAAGGCAGUGUGGAGUGCAGGGGUGGGUCAGCUAAGCGAGCUUGGCUCUUUGUUUUCCUGUGGGCUUCCAGUAUGCCUAGGUACAUAUCCCAGCUAACCUUCUCCUGUAUUAGUUAGUAGGAGGGAAAGCUUUCCAUCCACAGCUAGCUGAGGUGAGCCCCUGUUUCUAGGAUUGCUCUCCUGGAGAGCUGCAUAGGGAAUUAUGCCAAAGCCCUACAGAUUUUCUUGUGCUACAGUUUUACAGACUACGCCCCCACUGUGAGUUUCCUGAGCAGCCCAGAGAGUAAUCAGUAAAUCCCAGGCAUUAGUCUGAUUUUUCCCUGUGCUUAUUUUCUAUUUCUGUCUUUCCUUUGUCCUGCAGUGAAGAAUUAUUUGGAUGGCUGAGCUGCUGAGAGACUCCUGGCUUGCAGGAAUUGAUCCCAAAUCCCAAAUUGAUGGACUGGAGGAGAAGCUGGCACGCUGCAGACAGAGCAUGGAAGAGGUGGAACUUAAGCUGCGCAGGGAGAAGCUCAGCCCUGAAGGAAGAAAGUCACUGGAGAGAGAGAGAAACUUACUAAUGACCAAAGCUGACAACUAUGAGAAAGAACUGAGUGCGCUUCGCAAGGAAAAUCGCAAGAAUGCUGCCCUUGCUGUGGCCAUGGCAUUGCUGAUUGCUCUUAUUUACGCCUGCUGGACGAUGUGAUUGCAGUCAAGAAUUCUCCCUGCUGACCAAAUGACUCUCCUGCAAGGAGCUCUUCCUCCUCUCACCACUGUGCCUCCAAGAGUGAGGAUCAGCAUUUCAAAAUGCUGUUCUUGUUUACUGUCUCCAAGCCUCAUUGUAGGGAAGAUUUUUCUCUGCAAAUUGAGGGGGACAGGAGACAAACCAGAAAUCACAGCACACUUGCACUUGAAAAUCAGGUCAAACAGAGCUCAAGGUGGUGCCAUCUUACCCCAAACACAGUCAAGAUCACCGAGCAUGAUGCAGGAAGGCACUUUCUUCUCCCUUUUGAAGAGGACCCCUGUGGUUGCCGACAGGUGCUCUCUGCCCAGCCCUGGUGGAACAUAUGCCACUUUCUUGGCUCCUGUGACUCAGCCAUAAGAUGAAGGGACACGAAGCUCAAUCAAAGGGUAAUCUUGAGGAAUUGCAACCUUAAGAUUUCAUGUGUUUGCAGAGCUGCAAUAAAAAUGUUUUCUCCUCCACCCUGACUUUAAGGACCAAAGGAAUCCUACCUCCACAGAAGCAUAGGUACAUAGGUAUCUCUUUUUCUGCAAGCAGGUAGCAUACAGCUUGAGAUCUGGAUGCUGGGGGCUUUGAGAAGAUCUGCCUGCUUCUCCAGUGCAUCAGAGCUUGGUAGCCAUUUUGUGCCUUUGAGAAUCAGCACUUGCAGAAGAGAAUUUUCUAGCAACUGCCAGAAAUGGAAGUGCUUGUGUAGGGUUUUAAAUAAAAUAAUCUGACCUUGUAA